GCUAUCACUACAAUAUAACGUAAUGUUUAAGCUUCAUCGAGUUGAUGUACUUGUAUUACUAUUCAUUUAGGGUAAACCUCUGGGUUUGGCUGUACAAGAGAAAUGUAGUAGAAACAAAAGAAAUAUAUAAUUAUGUGGACUAAAUAUCAUUGUGUCAUAUGGAGAUGUAUUAUACAUUUUUAUGUUCUACUACUACUAGUACUAACAUUAGUAUAAUUGUAUUCGUCGACAAUUCAUGUGAUCCAGAGUAAAACAAAAAAGAUUGUAAUUUGUGACAGACAUCUCUCGGGAUGGACAUAAUACAAGAUGGAGAGAGAAGGCAAAGAUUACAAGAGUUGGAGGAAUGGUUAGUGGAUCAUAGGUCAGAAAUCAAUGUUGAUGGCUUGUUGGACAUGGUACAGGCUCUGGUCUUGGACUGUAAUCAUCCUGCUCUUCGAAGAACCAAGAACUUUGACAGUUUUUUCACCAAAUAUGAACUGUCUGCUCAAAUGAUAGAUGAAUGUCGAAUGAAACCAGAAGACUUUAUUGUGAUUAAAACCAUAGGAAGAGGAGCUUUUGGUGAAGUUCAGUUGGUGAGAAAGAGGUCAACACAACAAGUUUAUGCAAUGAAGCUUCUUAGCAAGUUAGAAAUGGUAAGUUAA